AGGCAAGUAGAAAUAAUUAGCUUUGUUGCUGAGUGAAAUUCUUAGACAAUUCGUAUGACAGGACAUCAGCCAAGUGCUGGCAUGUUUAAAGGCUGCUCUUUUCUGUCCUCAGUUCACUCGCCUAACAUCAGGCAUCACAACAGCAAAGAUGGCUUUUGGUCUUCACUUGUUGUUGCUCUUGUGUGGCAUUAGUGGACUGUUCACUGGAACUUGUUCCCCCCCUUUCUCACAGUGUGCUCGUGCUAUAAAGAAAGAUCAGUCUUGCCCUCCAGGCUGGACUCAGUUGGACAACCGCUGUAUGAUCUUUCAAAAUGAGGCAUUAAAUUUCCGACUUUCCGAGAUUGUCUGCAACAUUCUUGGUGGAAACCUGGUUUCAAUCCACAAUGAUCUGGAAAAUGAAGUAGUUCGACACCUGAUUCUGGCAGGGGCUGGAUCUUUUCAGCGUUCUUGGAUUGGGCUCCAUGACCGGGUUGUGGAUGGAGAAUUUUUGUGGACAGAUGGCUCACCCUUUGAUUUCAAUGACUGGGCGAAUAACCGGCCGAGAAUGGAUACAAAUCAAGACUGUGCAGAAAUAAACUUUCAAGAUGAAUCCUGGAGUGAUCUUCGGUGUGGUGCGCAAAGAUCAUUUGUGUGUGCCAAAGAUUUGAAACACUAGUAACAGAAAUAGGACUAUCAAGUGUAUCAACAAGGUCAUUUCCUCAGCAUUGGCGUACCUAGCCAAUUUUUCAGUACCCCCAAAAAUUAAUCCCAACACCCCUUAAAUUUGAGAGAUUUUGUUUUCCGACCUGGACUCGCAACAAAUGUGUGACAUUUUGAAAAUGGCUAUGUAAGCAUCUGUUAUGACACUAAGGCUUGUUCAAUAAAUCGAAUUAGCCCAAA